AUGAAGAUGAGAAAAGUAUUGAAAUUUAAUAACAUCUUUUCCAGUUUUGAAAUUAAAUAUUAUCCGACCAAAGAAAGCGGUGAUUUUUGGAAUUUCACUGACAAUGGGUUUAAGAGUGAAAUGGAAAGGUCUGAAAUAGAUAUAGGGCUGUUUGCAAGUGCUGAUCCCGCCGACAUUUAUUACAAUUACACCGGAGUUCAUACAGGAAUCCUUCUUCGAUUGUGUAUGUACCAACAGAAAAAACGAAUAAAUUAUUACCAGUUUAUUAAAACCAUAAACACUUCCUGUUUCAAAGUGUUAUCACUCAUUGGUUUAUUCACUUUAAUUAUAAUGUACAUUAGUGGUAAUAAUGUGACGGAUUGUACAUUUUGUUUUCUUGCUAUCACAUUCAAUCAAGGCCGGAGUGGAAUGCUGCCAACAACUUGCUCCGUAAGGACAGCAAUAAUUUCAUUUUCGAUCAGUGUUUUGUUUUUUCUCUACGUCAGCUCUGCUUCAAUGACUUCUUUAUCGGUAAAUGAUAAAGACUUAGGGUCGACAACAAUUGAAGAAAUGAAUAAUUCCUACAUUAUACAGUCCCUGAUGGUAAAAUACUCUUCAGCUCAUGUCAUGAUGCUUUAUUCAGAUUUGUCGACAACUUUUGACAAAUUAAGUGGGGCGAAAAUAAUCAAGCUUUCUUCUGUAACAGAUGCAUUAACAGUAACUUCAAAAACCAAUUUGUUUUCAUUCAUAGAACGUGAGAGAGUUCGGCCCUAUUGGGAAGAAUUCCAGGGUAGUGUUUCCGAAUCUAAUCUCAAUAUAAUGAGACCGACUCUGUUUUUGGUUCGAAGAAAUUUUCCAUACACGCAAGCUAUUCGCCAAGAGUUGACCAGAUUAAUGGAAACUGGAAUUUUAUCACGAUUAAUAAAAAAAUGGUGGCCAAUCAUUGAAACAAAUGGAAUAGAAUUUAUCCCUAUUUAUUUUACUGAUGUAGCUGUUAUCUUUAAAAUGCUUUCAUUAGGUGUGAUCUUUUCAUUUCUCAUAUUUUUUAUUGAAAGGCACUUUGGAACCACGUCAGGCUAAAGAAAUAUUAUUAUAAAUGUUUACACCCAAUGAUUUGAUUAUACAGACAACAUUGAAAUGCUCUUCACAGGUUUGGUAAUUAGAUAUUUGUAUGCCAUUCCUAAGUCAAUAACCUAUUGAUAACGUUUUGCAUAAAAUCACCCUGCUUGAAAUAUUCCAUAAAAUGAUGGAGAUGUGUGUCGACAGUUUGUUGAAAAUGUGUUCAGGGUUCUGAAAAUUAUGUAAUGCAAUCAAAGUCAGGACCAUGUAGAGAAACCUAGAGUCCCAGGAACAAAUUUUCCAAGUCCGCAUCAAAGUUUUAAUUCAUCACUGAAAUCGAGCUUUAUUCAUUAUAACGUAUUACACAAAGGGCUGUCGUGUGAGAUGUUGGCACUUUAGGCAAAAUUUUACCUGGUAUGCUCUUCACAUCCUCCCAAAUCAGCAAGUAGCCUACUUUUUCAUGUUUGGGAUUUAUACUUAUUAUACAGGACUAAAACUAGCACUUCCGCCAAUGCCCUAUCAAUUGCAAGCCUCUAGCCAGUUUGUAAUUUUUCUAAAAACUGCAAACGGAACUGAGUUUAGAAACAAGAAUUUCCACUUGAAAACUGGUUAUUUAUGAGUGUCUAAACAAAGAUAAAAAGGAAUGAAUCAGAAGAUGCAAUGUUGAUAAAAGUGGUACAGUUUUUGAGAGUAUUAUGAAUGAUUUAUAUUUUUAAUGCUUAUUCGUAGCGCUCUCCUAGGAUCAUUCUCUCCAGCAGGCUCAUCCCACUCAAGUAAUGCCACAGCACUGCGGCAUCUCCAAUUGCCA